AUGCCAAAAAACACAUUAUACGUGACUGGCUUCACUAGAGAGUCAAAGGCUGUCGAUUUGGCACCAGAAUUUGAAAAGUAUGGUGAUUUAGUCAGAUUAGACAUUCCUCCACCAAGAACCUCGGACGGAGAGAAGUUUGCAUUUGUUGAGUACAAGGAUGCUGAAGGUUGUGAACGUGCUUUGGAUAUGGACGGUAAACAAUUCCCUUUCACUCUUGCAGGGGGUUUAGUUGUUCAAGUUGCUAGAUCGGAUCCUUUCCCACCAAGAGAAAGAGGUGGAUUCAGAGGUAGAGGAGGUUACGGCUACGGCGGUGGUGGGCCAGGCUAUGGUCGCGGUGGCUACGGUCGUGGAAGGGAUGGUUACGGCGGCGGUGGCUAUGGCGGUGGAAGAGGUUAUGGUGAUGGGUAUGGAAGAGGAGGAUAUGGUGGAGAUAGAAGAGGUGGCUAUGGUGGCUACGGUGGUGACAGAAGAGGCGGCUACGGUGGAUAUGGAGGUGGUAGAGGGUACGACGAUGGAUACGGCAGAAGAGGUGGAGGAGGAUAUUCUAGCAGAAGUGGCAGAGGAGGAUACGGUGAUUACAGAGGAAGCCGUGACGGUAGUCGUGAGCCAAAUGAUGGAUACAGAGGAGGUGGUGGAUCAGAUCGCGGCUUUGGUGCUGGUGGCGGUGGACGUUUUGAAGAUAGAGAGUAUAGAGGCGGCAGUGAUAGAUAUGAACGUGAACCUAGAGGAGAGGAAAGAGGUAGGUACAGCAGAUCUCCAUCCAGAUCUCCAAUCAGAAGAGACAGAUCUAGAUCACCAGGUUUAUAA